UCUCAAUUAGCAUAUUAAAAAAUAUAAUAAUAAAACACUUAUUUUAUUACUUGCAAAUAAUCUCUCUGCUUCCCAAGAAAAAAAAGAAAAAAAGAAAAAAGAACAAAACAAAAACACUUUCAUUUCGGAUUCCACUCGACGCGCUUUCAUUUCGGAUUCACAGAGUGUGUUUUUUCUUUUCUUUUCUUUUUUUUUUGUUUUUUUUUUUGUUUUCCGAAAUGGGUUCGGAGAAGUACCAGGAAUUACCCGUCUCUGAUUCUUCGGACAAAGCCUCCUCCAUGACCAGGAAAGGAGCUUAUGCUGCCAUUUCUUACAUGGCCUCUGCAGUUCUCUUGAUAAUGUUCAACAAAGCUGCCUUUUCUUCGUACAAAUUCCCUUGUGCAAAUGUCAUCACACUUCUUCAGAUUCUAAGUUCAUUGAUAUUGCUCUAUGCAAUGAAAUGCUGGAAGAUCAUUUCUUUCACAUCUGAACCACAGAGCACUACCAAGAACCCAACAACCCUAGUACCCUUUAAGACAUUGGUUCACACUCUUCCUCUUGCAAUAUCAUAUUUGCUAUAUAUGUUGGUCACCAUGGAAUCAGUGCGUGUCAUAAAUGUUCCCAUGUAUACCACCCUCAGACGGACUACUGUGGCUUUUACAAUGAUCAUGGAGUACUUUUUGACAGGGCAGCAACAUUCAUAUUCUGUUGUUGGCAGUGUGGGGAUAAUAGUACUGGGUGCAAUUGUUGCUGGAGCUCGUGAUUUAUCAUUUGAUGCCUAUGGCUAUGCCGUUGUCUUUAUAGCAAACAUCUGUACAGCAGUAUAUCUUGCCUCUAUUGCUCGUAUUGGUAAAUCGAGUGGUCUCAAUACCUUUGGCCUUAUGUGGUGCAAUGGUAUAAUAUGUGGACCAUUCUUGCUCUUUUGGACAUCAAUCAGAGGUGAAAUAGCGCUUACCAUAAACUUCCCCUACUUAUUCUCCCCAGGAUUUCAGGUUGUGAUGCUUCUUUCCUGUGUUAUGGCUUUCUUAAUAAAUUAUUGUGUGUUUUGGAAUACGGUACUCAAUUCAGCACUCACACAGACAAUUUGCGGUAACUUGAAGGAUCUUUUGACAAUUGGACUUGGGUGGCUAAUAUUUGGUGGGCUUCCAUUUGAUUUGUUGAAUGUUGUUGGCCAAUCUCUUGGUUUCCUUGGGUCCUGUUUGUAUGCGUACUGUAAACUCCGAGGCAAAUAAGAGGCAAGCUUUCUGCAAGAGUCCUCCACUAUACAGCUCUCAAAUUACUUAAUAAUGCCUGGUUAUAUGCAUCAUCCCCUCAGCUUCCAGAUUUUGACUUGCUGAACUAAGCUUCUCAAGAGGGUAUAUGUAGGAGAAAAUAGAGAAUAAACCAAAAGAAAAAAAAAAAAAAUCCGUUCUUUUCCUUCGUAAGAUGUCAACAUCUCAUCUUGGUCAAUCGAAAAAUUAUCUGAAUAAUGCACAAGGUGCUUUUUUUGUUUUUAUUUUUUAGUGGAAGAGGAAUAAUUCCAUGGCCUUUUUUCUAGUUGAACUUGGUUUUUUUGUUUUGUUUAAAUUCAGGGGCCAAAGGUCCUAGAAAGUUAAAGAGUGAUAAUAAUAUAAUAUAUAUAUAUAUAUAUAUAUAUUUCCUUUGCA